UUGAUGACGUUUAGCGGUGCACGUUGUUUGAAGAACGAAGUACGAGGAAAGAAAAAGUAGAUAUAAAGCGCAGUACUCUGCUAUUUAAGUUUGUAGUCGGUUAGAAUCGAAAACAAUUGCAGUAAGUACAAAGACUGCCAAGUUUGACAGCACUGCAAUUUUUUUUCUAUAUUUACCAUGGAAAAAUUACUGAAGGGGAAAAAACUGUCUGAAGAUGAGUUGAGAAAAAUUAAAGAUUUGCUGAAGAAUGAUGAAAAAUCGGACAAGAAAAUUGACUGGAUGUACUCAGAUGGUAAACCAAAAUCAGAAGAAUACCUCCUUGGAAAAAGAAUUGAUAAUAUUGAUAAGGAGAAAGAAGAAGCAAAGAAUGACAGUGUUGGAGCCCUGUUUGAGGAGGCAGCAGCACAUAACAUACAGAUUGACAUGCAAGCUAAAAUGAGGGAAGAUCCUCUCUUUGCCAUAAGAAAAAAAGAAGAGGAACAGAGGAAAAGAAUUAUUGAAAAUCCUGUCAAGAUGAAACAAUUGCAAAAGAUGGUUGAAUCCCAAAAGAAAGAUAAAAAGAAGAAAAAGAAAGAAAAGAAAAAGAAAAAACACAAGUCCAGAUCUGGCUCAGACACAAGUGAAAGUGAUGAUGACUUAGUCUCAACUUACUUAGACAUUUUAAAUCGCAAGGAAAAAAUUAAAAGUGACAACAGACAUAAAAAUGAUAGUAAGGACAAAAGAAAACCUCAGCAUGAAGGUGGUCCUAAAGUUAGUGAACAGAGAAAAAAACAUUCAGAAGAGGAUACAAGGCAACGUCACAGAGACGGCUAUAGCACUGAAGAAGAAAUGUCCGGAAGAGGGAAGAAUUAUGGACUCUUUAAAGGCAGACACAAAUCACCUGAUAAAGAAAGACAUAAAAAAGAACUGCACUCAAGAAAAGACCGAAAAUCAAGGUCUAGGUCACCAGUGAGAACAUCUGGGAGAUCACCAAAGAGAAAAAGGUCAAGGUCCCCUGUUAGGAGAGAAAGAUCAAGGAGCAGAUCACCUGUUAGGAAAGGAAAACCACGAUCACCAGAAAAGAGAGAGGCACCAAGAAAAAAACUUAGUUCAGAUGAAUUAGAACGCAGACGCAAGGAAAUGAUGGAAAAUGCACAAUGGCGUGAAGAACAAAGGAGCAAAAAUGUGAAACGCUACAGGGAAGAAGAAAAGAAAGAAGAAGAAACCAGGAUCAAGCAUGGCGAUGGGGAUAAUUUUCUCAACCCCAUGAUGACCAAACAUGCUGAGCAGAGUUCUGUUGAAGACAGGCUAAAGAGAAACAGAUACAACAUCCAGAGAACAAGGGCUGACCUUGAUAAAGAUUUCACGAAGCAGUGACUGGAAUGAAGAGCUUUAUUAGCUGCUGGAUACCUACUUGGAAUUAUCAAAGGAUUGCUCAACUUUUUGGAAAGAAGACACCAACAGUGUUCAUAAAUACAGACUGAUACUAAUGACGACUUAAUAAGUGAUUGUUGGUAUUUGAAUGUGAAUCCUGAAUUAAUGAGUUGAUUUUUCUCUGUUGUUGGGUCAUCAGCAUUCUACUACUUAUAAAAAAAAUCACAAUUUACAGGCUGGGAUACUCAUUUUGAAUGAAAAUAAAGUGGAUUUUGUGAUAAAUAUUUUGAGUAGUAUACAGGUCCAUAUUGAAUGUCUUACACAUCAACUAUAUAUAGUUGUUGAAAGAAAAUAGAAAUUUGAGUUACUGUAUGAAAGAUGGUAAUGGAUUUUGAUUGGGACCACCAAAAUUCAGGUGAUCUAGAAAACCUCUGGAUAAUCUAAUGAAUGAGUGAAGUGGUUGAAUGAAAAUAGUGAAGUUGAGAGAGAAAGGGAAUUUAAGUAUUAAAAAGGAGUUCAGAAUUCCAUUUCAUAGAAUAUUUUGUGCCCAUAGUAUGCUUUCUUAUUUUGACUCAUUUCUCUCUGUUUCUUUAUAUAAUUUAUUUU